AUGGCUUAUGUGAUUUGGUUUGAUUUUUCUAAUAUUCUAAUAAAACCUUUUAACAAUAAUAAUCAACGACAUAAACGUGCAUUAUUCUCUGUCUUAAAUAUAACAAAUACCGAAAAGAAAAUAUCAAUUAAAAAUUAUUUUGUUAAUCGUUAUUGUAUAAAAUAUAGUGGUAUUCAACAACCAUUUCGAUUUAAUGAACAAUUUGGUCAAAUUGACAUAAGUGGUAAAUUACGUAUAGUUGUAUCCAUUGAUGCACUUGAUUCUUUCACAAAUCGAUAUAACGAAUAUAGAUAUAGAAGUUUUCCUCUCAAUUUUCAAAUUGUAAGCUAA